AUGACCCAAAUCCGCGUUCAGCUCAUUCAGGCUGUGACAUCUACAACCGACAGCAAAAAUAGUCGGCGGACUUUGUGUCCUUCGAUCUGGAAUUCAACAAACAAGUCGCCUCGGCCGGGUUCAAGGAUUGAACGAACACUUCGAGGCAUUUCCCUGCCGAUAUUGUCUAAGGAAGGGGUUGAGAUUUCCCAAGGGAGAACUAUCUCAAAGUUCUACUUCUACUUGGACAUUCCAAUGAACAUACCCGCGACGACAAAAACGCCUCUUGGAACUAUCACCUACGCAAUAGAAGCCAUAGUAGCGACAUUGAACAACGGGAUUAUCACCCACCGCCAACCUCUAAAGCUAAACCGGCAGAUGAUUCAGGCCGAUCCGAAACAGACUCAGCAUCGCCUAUACUUCCCAACCUCGAACGCCAUACAAGGAAUGUCCCUCUUACAAAACUCAACACCGAGGUCUGGCCCAAGGAUCUCUUUCACAGCUACAAUCCAUACCCACUGGGAGACAGCCCCAGCGAAUCGAGAAGCAGAACUCCGCCAUCUUGUGGUGCGAGAGCUGAGGUGGCAUGCUGAAGAAAUAGUUAAGAUGAUGAGCAAGCCUAGCAGCCUAGACGAGAAAUAUUCUAUCUGCGAACAACAGACGGUCCGCAAGUUGUGUGAAGGGAGUACUAAAGGAUACUGGGGAUUUAGCCUUAAUCCCUACGUUAAGCAACCACAUGAACAGAAUGUCGGGGGAAAGGGAGGAGAAAAACCAGCUAUUUGCAUUCCGUUUGAUUUUACAAUCCCGAAACGGGCAAUGGUCAUGGAUGACAUUGACCUGGCUGCAUAUGAUAUCCGCGCCGAUAGAGAUGGCCAUAAUCCAGAGUGUUGUCUUCCUGAAGAAUGUUAUUUCUCCUCACCAGGCAAGAUGACGAAGGGAAUUACUGUUCACCAUCAGUUGAAGAUCGAGCUUAUUAUGGGAGAAGACGUGUUUCAUAAAUGCACUGGAAAGCUUGUGGAACGAAGACUAUUGCGGACUAUCAUAUGUCCUGCAAUUCCGUUGAGUGUUUGUGAGGUAUCCAUUUAG